UUUUGAUUUUCUGGCAGCACAAUAUCGAAGCCUUUGCCAUGCCGAAGCGGCAGCGAGAGCGAGGAUCGAUUUGGCUGGCGCAGCGGCAGCAGCCGGCGUUUCGUUUGUUGCCCUCGCCGAGCGCCAUCUGAAAGAAAACCACCCUCCCCAAUGCGGCACUACUCGUCUGCUCGGCCAACCCUUGCAAGGAAAUGCUGAGGGCCUGAGAGCGGCGGCCGCGAGCAAUUGACAUGGGCCGGCUUGGGUGCGCCGCCUUGGGCCGAGCGUUUUCCAGCGCCAUGACUGUCCUUGGCGCUGGAUGCGUGCUGGGUCUGAGUUUGCUGACUUGGAACACUUGGUUCGCUUCAAGACCUGGCAUCGUCCUCAAACCAGAAACGCACUACGACUUCAUUAUUGUCGGGGCAGGAACGGCUGGCUGCGUUUUGGCCGCCCGCUUGUCCGAGGACUCCGACCGGUCGGUUUUAUUGCUGGAAUCGGGCCCAGAAUUUGGGUGGCUCGCCUCGGUGCCUCUGGCGGCACCUUUGCUCCAAAAUACCGUCAGCGAUUGGGCUUACCGGACUGAACCUCAACAUACUUCCCAGCUUGGCCUUAAAAAUCAUAGUUCUGCAUGGCCAAGGGGAAGAGGUUUAGGUGGAAGUGGUCUGCUCAAUUACAUGGUGCAUUUUCCCGGAGUCCCUUCCGAUUUUGACCGAUGGGAAAACGAAGGGGGCACAGGUUGGGGUUACAAAACUAUGAGGCCAAUAAUAGAGCGACUGACUUGCGAACGACCCCAAGAUCUUAUACCACGCAAUUCUUGUCCGCAAACUUCCUAUCGCAAUAUGAUGACUGGGGAAAAAUUGUGUUUGCCACAACAAGUUAAAAAGUGUGUGCCUAAGAUUCGACUGACCCGUGGAGAGCCAACUAGUGAGACUUUGACUUCAGCAUUCGUGGAUGCUGGAAAAGAACUGGGAGGAGAAACAUCCAAGGAUGCGGAGUGGGCGGAAAAGGGAUUUCGGCACUCACGAAACUCGAUCUGGAACGGUCGCAGAUGGAGCACUUUGGAGAGCUACUUGCGACCUGCGCUUGGUAGAGAGAACUUGCAUGUAAUGCUCAAUACGCAUGUCGGAAGGAUAGUCUUUUCGGCUGAUUUGGGGCCUGGUACAAGGCGGGCCGAAGGUGUUUUCCUCACCAGCGGUGCAAUAGUUUUAGCCAGACAUGAAGUCAUCAUUUGCGCUGGGGCCAUUGGAACACCCCAAUUGCUUCUUUUGUCCGGGCUGGGGCCAAAGCAAUACCUAAAGCAAUUUCAGUGGAUUCCAUUUGUGGCCGACCUUCCAGUGGGUCACAACCUCCAUGACCAUCUCAAUAUGCCCCUGUAUGUCAGCUUUUCCAAGCCAAAUCUGAGUUUGACCCUCAGCAAACUGCGCUCAAUAAGACAGCUUGGCAGAUACCUGCUUUACAAGGAAGGUCUGCUGGCGUCCACAGCUGUGAGUGCCGCGGCAGUUUGGCCGUCCAAUCUGGGAAUCCUGUUGUUUGCCAUGGGCACUCCAGAAGAGACGGUCCUCGGCAACAUAGCCAAUUACAUGCCAGAGACUUUCCACGGACUCUUUCCAUUGGCCAAAAACUCAAGCCAGGAAGGAGCUGUGUUGUUAUCUUCGUGCCUUCAACCUCGCAGCAGAGGAACUGUCAAGCUGCAGGACAGCAACCCCUUGUCCAUGCCAGCAAUCGAUCCUCGAUACCUCACCGACCCCAAAGAUAUCAAAUGCAUGGCUCAAGCAUUCAAGCUGGCUGCCAGAGUCACUAAAACGAGGGCUUUUAAAAGACUAGGCGCUAAAAUGCACCUGCCAGAAUUCAAGCAUUGCGGAAAGCCAAAUUUGAAAGACGAUGCCUAUUUGACAUGCAUAAUUAGGACAGGGGCGAUAACAGGAUAUCACCCUGGAGGAACGUGUCGUAUGGGCUCGGGUCGACAUUCUGUGGUCACUCCGGAAUUAUUGAUCAGAGGGGUAGGUGGAUUAAGAGUGGUGGACGCCUCAGUCUUCCCAACUCCAGUCUCCGGCACGCCAAACACAGUUUUGAUCGCCGUAGCCGAAAGAACUGCAAAUCGCCUUACAAUCGAUUACCCGACAGUCAAGUACGACUAUUUUUAUUAAGCUGUGAUCAUCCAUCAACCCUGAUUUCCCCCCUUUUUUGUUAAGUGAUAUACUGUAACCAACCCUGCGGCAAAGUGCCAUUUUAUAUGUAAAAUUAAUACAAACAUGCCAUUUUUAUCAAUGAUGAUUAAAUCUCCUCCAUUCCAAUUUUAACGACUUACUAGCUUGUCUAAAAAAACUAGUCAUGUGUGUAAAUGAUCUUUCCGCGCUUUAUUUCAAGUUUGUUUUAUCACAAAUUUUAUGAAGUAAUGACGUUAAAACCAACUAGUAUUCUAUUGAUCUCCAGUUUUGAGUGCAUGACAAUAAAAAAAAACAAUUAA